GCACGAGGAAAAAGGAGGCGGAGAAAGAUAAGAGGGGGAAGGAAGGCGCGUAUCUGAAGCGGGCGGACGUCAUUAGACGGAUCUCAUAUAAGGUCCGAUGUACUAGAGGGAAGCCCCGAAACAAGCCCGGGAGGAGGAGUCUGGGAACAAACAAAAUUAUCGCGGAUGCCGGAGGAUCCUUAGGACAUCCAGAGGGGGAUAGAGGAGGCGGAGUCGUGAGAAGUGAAGAAGCACGAGUCCUUAAGAAGAACAGAACAAAUGCACAGAUUAAGUUAGAGACGGGAUGGGAGGAAGUAGCCGGAUUGGGGAUAUCAGGUCAGAAGAGAUUUCUGAAUCAGAAUUGA